AUGUCCAUCUGUGAUGCUGUGGUAAUCAGUAGAUGUCUUCAUGACCUACAGACGAGGCUUCACUCCAGUGUUCCUCGGAGCUCUGAGACCGAGGAGGUGGUGGAAGCUCUGCAGGACGAGAACCGCUCCCUCAAGUCUCAGCUGGAGGAGGCCAAGAGAGGAGUCUCCCGUCUGACCAAGGAGAAGGAUGAGCUCGCCCGGCGGCUGGAGGAGAGAGACCUGGAGAGGGAAGCGCUGCGGCGAGGCAAGAGCGAGCUGGAGGAGCAGAAGAGGCUGCUGGACCGAGCUCUGGAGAAGAUCAGCAAAGAGAUGGAGAUGAUGAUGGAAGAUUCCCGUCAGUCCGUGACCUCACUGCACACACAGCUCGAUGACUUCAGGGAGCGAUCCAGGAAGGAACUGCUGGAGGCACAGCGUAACAGCAAAGACAGACUGGCUGAGCUGCAGCGAGCCCAGAGCAACCUGAAGGCCCAGCAAGAUGAGGUGAGCUCACUGGAUUAGACUGAAACAGUCCAGGACGUAGUAGACACUUCUGGAACAUCU